GAGUGAGAGACUGAGAGAGGAUCUAGAAGAAAUGGAAUUUCCUUUCAGAGAAAAGGGGGAUAAGGGAUAGGCGUUUUAGAUUUAUCCACAUUUGGAGAGAGAGAGAGUGAACUCUUCUCUUGUCACAAUCGUUUAGUGUACGUGGUAGGAUCAGCUUUUGAAUCUUAGACUCCUGAAAAGCAAUGGCUCAUUCUGGGGUUCCCAAGGAUGGAGGGGAGUUGAGAAUUCAUGAAAAUGUGGAUGAGCUUGCCACCGAUUUGGCUGACUACAUAGCUGAAUUAUCUGAGAUAUCAGUGAAAGAGAGGGGGUUCUUUGCCAUUGCCUUAUCCGGGGGUUCUCUCAUCAGCUUGAUGGGGAAACUAUGCGAAGCUCCUUAUAACAAGACAGUAGACUGGGCAAAAUGGUAUAUAUUUUGGGCUGAUGAGCGUGUAGUGGCAAAGAAUCAUGUAGAUAGUAAUUAUAAACUAGCGAAGGAUGGGCUUUUGUCCAAGGUUCCAGUUGUCCCUGGUCAUGUAUACUCUAUCAACGAUUCCUUGUCAGCUGAGGAGGCUGCUAAUGAAUAUGAGUUUGUCCUCAGGCAGCUAGUGAAGACCCGCACAGUUGCUGUGUCUGAGAUCAGUGACUGUCCCAAGUUUGACGUCAUCCUUCUUGGGAUGGGCCCGGACGGGCAUGUUGCCUCGCUCUUCCCAAACCACAUGGCACUUAAUGAGAAAGAUGAAUGGGUCACCUUUAUCACUGAUUCCCCCAAGCCCCCACCUGAGAGGAUUACCUUCACUUUGCCUGUGAUCAAUUCAGCCUCCAAUGUGGCGGUGGUGGUGACGGGUGCAAACAAGGCAGAGGCUGUACACUUGGCAAUUGAUAAUAUGGGGCCUGAGUGCCCCAUGCUGCCAGCCCGAAUGGUCUGCCCAACCAAUGGGAAGUUGGUGUGGUUUUUGGACAGGGCAUCUGCCUCUAAACUAGAGGAUUCUCAGUGCACAAAAUAGGGCCCAGCCUGAUGCUCUGUGUUUGUGUAUGUUGUAGAGGAAUUUGCUGCUAGUUGUUUUUUCUGUCUU